CUCCAAAGUAAAGAGCCACCACCCAAGACGGGGCCUGCCGCUGCGCCUGCUUAUGGCAUCAGCAAUAGCUUCUAACGUAUUUAGUCAAGCAGAUGCUCUACUUUCCAACAUGUUGAUCCAGUGGUAUGAUUUGUGAUUCUAGAUGAUGGCCGUGUCGUUUCAAUUCUACGUGAGACCAAGCACAGACUUGCCUUCCCUGUUUUAUAGUGAAAAGCAACACCUUUUUACUGAUUUGAAGGAAAAAACAACUAGCAGUAGACAGGACCUAUUUCUACCAUCACACGAAGCAGAGAAAAUGUUAAUAAG